CAUCGAUUUUUUUGAUCCCCAUCAGAGUGUACAAUCUAGGUAUGAUCCCCAUGCUGCAAAUUUUGUUAGCGUAGUACAUAAAAUUUUCUGUAAUAAAGUCACAGUUAUUUGUUGCUAUCUAUAGGUAUUAAUUGAUAACAAUGUGUCGCAAACAUAAACCGGUAGUGGUACAUCGUUGUGGGGACUCAUAUUCUCUGAGAUCUCAAUUGUAAUUGGCUGUGAUUGCGAGUUUCGCCGUUUCAGCGGUGUUGCUUUUGCUGUGAGACUGCCGUGAUUUCAUCAACAUGGACAAUACAUUAACGGUACAUAUAGCUAAUGGUGUUAGCACCUUCACCAUUCUAUCUUGUCUAUUCCUUAAGGUGCCCCAAAUCAUGAAUAUCAAGGCCAAGCACUCGACUGAAGGAAUAUAUAUUGAAGCUAUGUUGAUGGAAAUUGUUGGAUUCACCAUAAUGACACUCUACAAUUAUACAAACCAUUAUGGUGUUUUGACGUACCUUGAGUACCCUAUCAUCCUGUUCCAAAUAUUUGUGAUGCUGUACUAUACUCUCCUGUACAAGCGUAUGAUAAACUUGUACAUUGUCCCGCUGGCUGCAAUGCUCUAUGUGGCCAUCGUCCUUAGUUUCAUUAUGGAAGUUCUGCCAAGCGAAAUCUUAUCAUAUCUGGUGCCCCUGUGCACCCCGCUAAGUGGCUUCGCUAAAGUAACUUACAUCUACGGCAUUGUGAAGAUUGCCAACGCCGACAACGUCUCGCUUGCUACAUGGGUCAUUUCUAUAGCUACCAAUCUCUAUCUUGCAGGCCGUCUCUUCACUGUGUACGUGGACAGCUCCGACAUCCGCUUAAUGUUCAACUUCUUCGUAUCGGCCAUUCUCAGCUUCGGGGUGCUCUUCACGGCAAUGUAUUACCAGCAGUUCGCGGCCUGUGAUGAGGAAUGCAUGCUACGUCGCAGGAGAUCAUCAAUCAAACAAAGGGAGCGUAAGGCCCAGCACGAAGACUAAAGCAAUCACCCUACUACCAAAGUCGAUUGGACCAUGUUUCUCAAACUUACCUCUGACACCAUCUUACUUAAAGGGUAACCCUUAAACAGACAAAGUUGCUCCUUGUCAAUUCUACCACCAAGUACAUACAUAUAUGGUAUUGGUAUAAGUAGAAUGUUGGCCUGUCACAAAAUCACCUAAAUCAUCAGGAUGAUUGUUUAAAAACAAUUGUAUACAGGCCCAUGUUCUCACGUGAUUAUAUUAAUAAUAAAAUGUUCGGUGUCUAUUCUACAAUAAAAUUUACAAUUACAAUUUAAAUUCAACGUUUUAACUUUUUCAUAUUCCUUUACAUGUCACUACGUUUAAAUAGGUUGACUUG